AAAUAGCCCAACUUGUAGACGAAUCUCCUAUAAAGUUUCCUAGAAAACCCUAACCCCAAAAAAUCUUUUACGCUUUGCUCCUCUAGAUCUGAAAAAUCAACCAUGGGAAAGGUUCACGGAUCAUUGGCUCGUGCUGGUAAGGUGAGAGGCCAAACACCCAAAGUCGCCAAGCAAGAUAAGAAAAAGAAGCCCCGUGGCCGGGCACACAAAAGGAUGCAGUAUAAUAGGCGUUUCGUUACUGCUGUUGUUGGCUUUGGCAAGAAGAGAGGACCAAACUCCUCUGAGAAGUAAAUUCAGAAAUGGGUAGAAUUUGUUUGCUUUUCUGAAUUGUUAUUUUUAUCGUACUAUAGCUUUGUUAAUUAAUGGGGGUAAGCUUGCCAUUGACAAUCUUGUACGGUUAAUUAGAUUUUUUAAAUCUGUACAAGAUAGUUUUGCAUUGAAUUAAAGACUUUAUUUUUCAA